AUGGAUGAGACCACCGCUGAGCCCGCCGCACCCGCGUCCUCCCAGCCCGAGGGAAACACCCCUGUGCCAGUCCGGGACGAUGAAGCUAUUGACGAACCGUCCUCGAAGACCGACAGCGAUGCGCCCACCAACAUCCUUCCGCCAGCACCCGCGAAUGGCUCGUCGGCAUGGCAGUCGUUGACGGACAAGGCGUUGUACUUCCUCUCACAUGCCAGUAAUGAGACCCUGGGAGCAUGCCUGGCUGGACUAGGCGCAACAACAUAUCUCGUGCUCGGAAGGGUAGGGCUGGUCAUAAUCGGUAUCGCCGGUGGUGUAGUCCUGCAUGCGACAUGGGAGGGUAUCAGAGGAGACGACCGCGACGAGGCGACGAAGAAGGCGGAUCAAGAGAGGCAGCGUGAAACUGCAGUGGAUGUGGCUAGGAGGGUGCUGGAGUGGAGGCGGAACGAGCAGGCUGAGGAGCAGGUUGAGGAUACCAGAGUCUAUGCCAACCAGGCACUGGACUAUUCCAAGUUUGGUCCAGAAACAUCCGCUGCUCUCGACACUUUCACCAACGCCGUCAUAAAGGACUACGUCCAUUACUGGUACGAUGCGACCAUUCCCGGCGAGCUGAGUUUCCCAGCUGCAUGUAGACGGACCUUCACAGCGUUCGUGCUAUCUCUGUCUGGCCACCUCGAGCGAAAACGUCCUGCGGAUGCCUUCUUGGACUUUGUCGGCAAUGCCAGUUCCAUGAUAAUCGUCUUCUUGACCGAGCUAUCCGUCGCGCUCAAUGCCUCGCCCAACAAGCCCGCUGAGGAAGCUGUCUCGGCUUACCUGGAGUUGAAGCCAGACAGCAGUCUCUCAGCUAUGUUGAAUCAAGACUCGCAAAGGUCGAAGAUGGCCGAUGCCGCUGAGGACAUCCUUCAGUCAUAUCUGGAUCCUAAAUCAUACAAUUGCCCUCCUGUACAUAUCUUUCUGAAGGAAGUGCUGGCACAACUCGUACUUGGAUAUACCGUCGAUAUGUGUUCGAACCCGGACUGGAUCAAUGAUUGGAUAGUAUACGGCCUGGAAGAGUCGGAGACAACCAAGGAAGUCAUGGAUAUUGUAGAUGCCGGUGUGGAGGGCAGGCCGCAGCCGGAGAAGCAAAGCAGUGUGAGACAGGAUCUCGAGAAAGAAAACACGGUUCAAAGUAAGAAGGAAGCUGCUGUCGGCGAUGGAUCCAAUGGAAUCGUGGGAACUGCUUCCUCGCACAGGCGAACUGUGAGCAGAGCAGAACAGAACAUGGAAGAAGACAUGCAGCGUGAAGUGGAAAAGAUCAACGAGAUGAUCUUUGAGGCAGAGCGGCAAAAGGCGGCCGAGGAAGAACAAAAGCGACGCUCGACGCCAACAAUCGCUGAGGACAGUUCCGACGGCACUACGCAAGGGGCCCCGACUCCUUCAUCAAGCCAAAGCGGUAGAGACAAGGUAGAGGAAGAAUCGCUGACUUCCAUGGAAGAGUCAACAUCUGAGGACAAUCCAACUACGCCGAACACACAGUUUACUAGCUUUGAUCAACUCGUGCCGAGUUCACAGCCCACGGCGCUUGCUGAGAGUCCAGGAAGGCCCCUGCCUCGUCCUCAGUCAGGAUCGCUUACACUCCACAACGCAACCAUUUCGAUCCACGAAGACGGCCAGCCCAACGACCGAGCGUCCAUAAAGACGAAGCCUGUUUUCGACUACCUCAUUCAAAUCGAACCGUCAUCGUCUGUCUUCCCUGGUUGGAUGAUUGUUAGGAAAUAUGUUGAUUUUGAAACGCUGCAUGAAGUGCUGAAGCGCAUUGCCGUUAUUACCGGGGUGCCAUUCAACUCAGCCCAUGCUGAGCUUCCCAAAUGGAAGACCAACACAAAAGCAUCACUAAGAACCGAGCUGGAACGAUACUUGACAGAUGCAGUCCGGUUCCAACCCUUGGCAGAGAGCGAGGGGAUGAAGCGAUUCCUUGAGAAAGAUCAAGGCUUGAGCAAGUCUCCAGGUGGAUCCCAGAAGGGCUUUGGCUGGCCUACUCCGGAUGCCCUUGGCAAGAUCAGUGGUGAUAUGUUCAACGUAUUGACAAAGGCUCCGAAACAGGUCGCCGGUGGCGGAAAGGCUGUAUUUGGGGGCGUUGCUGGAUUCGUUGGUGCUGGCAAGAAGCCGAACACUUCGCAAACCAAUCUAACGAGAACGACCACCAACACGAGCCUCGAUGCGAAUGAUCGGUCGAAACCGCGACCCAGCACCAGCAAUGGCCAGGCUUCGAUGACCGACAGCUACUCUUCGUCCUUGAGCGCAGGCCGUGCAAGUCAAGAGAGCCUGAGAGCGGAUACACAAGACCAGCGUCGAGGCAGUGCUUUCUCGACGACGAGUGCAGACGCGAAGCCUAGACCGAGCGUAUCCCCUAGUCGGCCGAUCAGCUUGACCACCCAGAAUGGGCACCUUGCAUCUGAUGAAGCUUCGCCGUCGAGAUCCACAGCAUCGCUGCCCCGGAAAGACUUGUCGCUCGAUGAGACAAUCAAUCUACCACCGCCUCCAUCAGAGAUGCCAGAGGAUUACGAUUCGCCAAUCUCGGGCAGAAAUAGCAUCGAGACUUUCCGCUCGAGCACCUUAGAUCAACGACUAUCGCAGUCCAUCACACGAGACGAACACCCACCGACGCCGCCACGACCACAACCAACACAGCCAAAAGCAGAGAGCAAGCCUAAAGCGCCUUUGACCGAAAGGGAAGCUGCAGUUGCGGUGGAGAUUAUGUUUGCAGUGAUCACUCAGCUGUACACAUUGUCUGGCGCCUGGCAGAUCCGCCGUACACUGCUCACUGCAGCCAAGACCUUUCUGCUGCGUCCAGGUAAUCCGCAGCUCGGAUCUAUCAAAGAUCUUUUGCAGACCUCGCUUUUCGAAUCGAACCUCAGCGACGGUGGCCUUGCUCACCACAUCCUCAAGCUUCGAGAGAACACGCUACCAACUGCUGAAGAGACCGAAGCAUGGAAGCGCGACUUCCCCGAAAAGACCGCAAAGCAGAAAGAAGAGCUUCGAAUCAAAGCCCGUAAACUCCUCGUCACCAAAGGCAUGCCUCAAGCUUUGACGAGUGUCAUGGGCGCUGCGGCUAGUGGAGAAGCACUCGGGAAAGUAUUCGACUGCCUGCAAAUUCCGGAAGUGAGUCGAGGCUUGAUCUUUGGGUUGAUGCUCCAGGCUCUCAGAGUUGUGACGCAAUGA